AUGGGGCUGAGACAUCUUCUUCCUCCGCAGGGAUCCCUGGAGGUGAGCCUGAGCCAGCCCACUCGUAGCAGCAGUGGCUCAGAGCGGUCCCUGCUUGUUGCAGAAGAGAUGCGCAGCCUCAUCAUGGAGAAGGGCCCAGGGCCAGUGGAGGAUGACCCUGAUGCUCUCGUGAAAGGCUGGCUGCAGCGGGAGAUGCGGGGCUGCAUGAAGACUCCCUGGAUUCGUCCUCGGAAGUACUGGUUCGUGCUGACGCCUGACUCCCUGGACUACUACAGCAGCAACGAGAAGGGGGCCCGGCGGCUGGGCUCCCUUGUGCUCACCAGCCUCUGCUCUGUGCUCUGGCCAGACAAGCAGCUCUACAAGGAGACAGGCUACUGGAGCGUGACGGUGUUUGGCAGGAAGCAUUGCUACCGCCUGUACACGGAGCACCUGAACGAGGCUGUGCACUGGGUGUGUGCCGUGCAGAAGGUCAUUGACAGCAAGGCGCCCGUGCAGACGCCCACCCAGCUGCUCAUGCGUGAUGUGGAGGUGAGCCUGCGGCACUGCCCACCCCCCGGCCCCCGCAGCUACACCACACUGCGUGAUGAGGCUGUGAAGCUCUUCAACUCGCUGCAGCAGCUGGAGUCGGAGCGAGACCCGGUGCCGCUGAUGCAGGGCGUCCUGCAGACCUGCCUGGACCUGCCACCACUGGUGGAUGAGAUCUACUGCCAGCUGGUGAAGCAGACCACGGAGCCGCCGGCGCCGGGCGGGCAGGGCGACCUGCACUACUGGCAACUCCUCACCUGCAUGAGCUGCACCUUCCUGCCCUCCCCGCCUGUCCUGCGCUUCCUGCACUUCCACCUGGACAAGACUGAGAGCCGUUUCCCUGCUUCGGAGAUGGCCAAGUAUGCCUGCUUCAUCCGGGAGGCACUGGGAAAGACAAAGGGGCGGGAGUGUGUGCCUUCCCUGGAGGAGAUCCUGAUGCUGAUGCAGCGGCAGGACAUGAUCUGCACCGUUCACUGCCCCGGGGCGCCUGCCUGCAGCGUGGCCAUCAGCUCCCACACCACAGCCGAGGAGGUGGCCCAGGAGCUGGUGUCGCGCCUGGGGCUGUCCCAGAGCCCCAACCUCUUCGCGCUCUACGAGCAGUCCCGGCGGCGGGAGCAGCCGGUGGGCAGUGCCACAUUGCUGGCUGAUGUCCUCACGAGGUUUGAAAACCUGGCCGGGGAGCAGCGUGAGCAGGACCCACCAUGCCGGCUCUGCUUCAAACACUACGGCUUCCUGGACACGGACAAUGUCCCACGGGACAGCCUGGAGUUCGCCCUUCUCUUCGAGCAGGCACACGAGAUGGUGCUGCGGGGCUACGUGCCCACGUCGGAGGAGACGCUGCAGACGCUGGCAGCCCUGCGCCUGCAGAGCCUCAACAGCGACUUC